CCCACUCCUUACGUAGCUCACAGGCCAAUCAGAACAUUGCUGGGCGGAAUCACUGUGGGCCUGGCAUUCACGUUUGGUUGCAAAGAAAGUCGUUACCCGCUGCGUGAACUGACUUACUGCCUAGCCGAGGAGGCAUCAGGACGGAUACCACAUCCUACCACACCUCUUCUGGUCCAAGCAACCCCCUUGACUGUUGGAUACUAUCCGGGAACUAUUUGAAAGCGGUCAACCAGAAUAUAUUCUUUCCCUUUUAAACGGAAUGGAUUUUGAAAAUACCUAACCUGGAGGGUUUGCUGUACAAGUGUUGUUAAAAGCCUGCUGGUGGAGAUUGCCAACUUUUGAGAAGGUCGCAUUAAGUCUUUCUGGAGGGAACUAACUUAAAGCCAACAUGGAUCAAGCCAGCGGUGGGGAGGACCCAAAUAAACCCUCCAAAAAGAAAUCCAACGAGGACGAGGGUAAAAACAAAAAGCUGAACAUACACAUAAAAACAUUGGCUGAUGAUAUGCGUGAUCGUAUUACCAGUUUCAGAAAAACGGGGAUGAAGAAGGAGAAGCUUCUUAUACAGCACCCAACAGAUCCCCUCUCUAUCCAGGCCGAAUUGCCUGUUCCUCAGCCCCUUUUUGACGACCGUUCCAUGAACCUCUCGGAAAAGGAGAUCAUUGACCUCUUCGAGAAGAUGAUGGAGGACAUGAACCUGAAUGAGGAACGCAAAGCCCCUUUGCGUGGAAAGGACUUGAGCACCAAACGAGAGAUGGUGGUCCAGUACAUCUCAGCUACUGCCAAAUCUGGUGGACUAAGGAACAGCAAGCACGAGUCCACACUUUCAUCCCAAGAGUAUGUUCACGAGCUGCGUUCUGGCAUCACAGAAGAAAAGCUGCUCAAUUGCCUGGAGUCCCUCAGAGUGUCUCUCACUAGUAACCCUGUCAGUUGGGUUAACAACUUUGGUUAUGAGGGUCUUGGCCUUCUUCUCGAUGCUUUGGAGAAGCUGCUGGACAAGAAACAGCAAGAGAAUAUUGAUAAACGGAACCAGCAUAAACUUAUCCAAUGCUUGAAGGCUUUUAUGAACAAUAAGUAUGGACUGCAAAGUAUCUUGGGAGAUGAGCGGAGCCUGUUGCUGUUGGCACGAGCAAUUGACCCCAAACAGACCAACAUGAUGACUGAGAUUGUCAAAAUUCUCUCUGCUUUUUGUAUUAUUGGAGAGGAAAACAUCCUGGAUAAGAUUCUAGCUGCCAUGACAAUUGCUGCAGAGAGGAACAAUAAAGAGAGAUUUGCUCCAAUUGUGGAAGGUCUGGAGAACCACGAAGCCCAGCAGCUCCAGGUUGCUUGCAUGCAGCUGAUCAAUGCCCUGGUCACCUCCCCCGAUGACCUGGACUUCCGGAUACAUCUCCGCAAUGAGUUCUUAAGAUGUGGCCUCAAGAAGAUCCUACCUGAGCUAAAAGAGACAGAGGAGCUAGACAUCCAGCUGAAGGUGUUCAAUGAGAACAAGGAGGAGGACUCUAUCGAACUCUCCCAUCGCCUGGAUGACAUCCGCUGAGAUGGAAUUGAUAUGAAUGAAGUGUACCAUCUCCUGUCCAAUAUGGUGAAAGACACUGGCUCAGAGGCCUACUUCCUGUCAGUCCUUCAGCACCUUUUGCUCAUCAGAAAUGACUAUUACAUCAGGCCUCAGUAUUACAAGGUGAUAGAAGAAUGCGUGUCUCAGGUGGUCCUGCAUCGCAGUGGGAUGGACCCUGACUUUGGCUACAGUAAAAGAUUGGACGUGGACUUCACUCAUCUGAUUGAUCAGUGUGUGGAUAAAGCCAAAGUUGAAGAGAGUGAGCAGAAGGCUGCGGAGUACUCCAAAAAGUUUGAUGAGGAGUUCAGUGCACGGCAGGAGGCCCAGGCCGAGUCUCAAAAGAAGGAAGAGAGAAUCAAAGAGUUGGAGGGGAAGAUCAAGGCCCUGGAGUCCCAGAUUGCAGCAGGUCCAACUGCGCCUGGAGCACCACCUCCACCACCCCUACCAGGGGGUGCAGCAGCUCCACCUCCUCCUCCCCCACCUCCUCCCCCACCUCCACCUGGUGGCUGCCCUCCCCCACCUCCUCCUCCUCUCCCCGGUCACGCUGGCAUGACACCACCACCACCUCCACCUCCUCCCCCAGGUGGAGGACCUCCACCUCCACCACCACCCCCCGGGUGUGGGGGUCCACCUCCUCCGCCUUUCUUCGGGGCCCCACCUGCAUUGCCUGUCAUCAAGCUGCCUUAUGGACUGCAGCCCAAGAAGACCUACAAGCCUGAAACUGUGAUGAAGAGGGUCAACUGGACCAAGAUAGUGCCUCAGGAAAUGGCAGAGAAUUGCUUCUGGAUCAAAGUCAAAGAAGAGAAGUUUGAGAAUCCUGACCUAUUUGCUCAGCUCUCCCUCUGCUUCUCGUCGCAGACCAAAGUAAAAAAAGACGUGAAAGAUGAGACUGAUGACAGAAUGCAACAAUUCAAGAAAAAGGCAAAAGAGCUUCGCAUUCUGGAUGCAAAAACAGCACAGAAUCUUUCAAUUUUCUUGGGCUCGUUCCGCCUGCCUUAUGAAGAGAUCCGGGACAUUGUGCUGGAGGUAGACGAGGAAAGACUGAGCGAAUCACUCAUCCAGAACCUGAUAAAGAACCUGCCAGAGCAGAAAGAGCUGAAUUCGCUAGCGGAACUAAAGGGUGAAUAUGAAGAGCUAGUGGAGUCAGAGCAGUUUGGCAUUGUGAUGAGUUCAGUAAAACUCCUACGACCACGUCUGAACGGCAUUCUCUUCAAGCUGACGUUUGAGGAGCAGGUGAAUAACAUCCGGCCAGACAUCAUGAAUGUGACAUUUGCCUGUGAGGAGGUGAAGAAAAGCGAAAGUUUAAGCAAACUUCUGGAGUUGGUAUUGCUCGUUGGCAAUUACAUGAAUGCCGGCUCAAGGAAUGCCCAGACGUUUGGUUUCAACAUCAGCUUCCUCUGCAAGCUCCGAGACACUAAAUCCAUCAGUCAGAAUACAACACUUCUCAAUUUCCUCGCUGAAAAGUGUGAAGAGACUCACCAGGAGAUUUUGAGGUUUCCAGAUGAACUGGAACACGUCGAGAGUGCCAGCAAAGUGUCUGCUGAGAUCUUAAAAACCAGUUUGACCACCAUGGAACGUCACAUUCAGAGGCUUGAGAACGACAUCGAGAACUUUCCCAAAACGGAUGACCAACAAGAUAAGUUUGUGGAAAAGAUGUUGGGCUUCUCCAAGCAUGCACGGGAGCAGUAUGAAAAACUGUCGACGAUGCACAAGAACAUGCAAAAGCUUUAUGAGAGCAUAGGCAGCUAUUUUGCCUUUGACCCCCACUCGGUCAGUGUGGAGGAUUUCUUCGGAGAAUUGGCCAACUUCCGCAUACUCUUCAUGGAAGCAGUGAAGGAGAACCACAAGAAGAAGGAGAUGGAGGAGAAGAUCAAGAGAGCCAAGCUGGCGAAGGAGAAAGCAGAGCGGGAGAAGCAGGAGCGCCAGCAGAAGAAGAAGCAGCUGAUUGACAUGAACAAAGAGGGAGAUGAAACCGGUGUGAUGGAUAGCCUAAUGGAAGCUCUACAGUCUGGAGCAGCCUUCCGUGAUCGACGAAAACGAACACCACGCAAUGGUGAUCAAAGCCCUUCCAGUCCAUCGUCUCGGUGGCCGGGUGCUAACUAUGGUAACAGAACCCUAGAUGUUGCCGCUGGGAGAAGCAGACAACCGCCGCGCAGUCCUGGAAAGGUCUCGUUCACGCCACAACACAAACCACCAAGCUCGAUGAUCGCCCGCGCCUACCACAAGACGCUAGAUAAGUGCCAAAGAGGCCUGCGAGGUGGAGAACUGGAAGACAUCUGAAGGAGGGACAGACCACCAAUCACUGUAGCGCGCGCACACACACACACACACACACACAGCAACAAGUAUGGAACAAAAAUGCAUAAAGAAUCCACACAGAACUGAAGCAUCUACAGUAUAUCACACAGACAUUUAAUUUUCAUGCUGUUCAUCUGACGCCUUACAUAUUUAUUCAACACUUUCCCAUCACUCUAAAUGUUCAUGUCCUCUCUAGAUGGUCUGGAUUUAUAAAACAAAAAAAAAGGCUGCUGCUGUUUUUAAAGAAAGGUUUUCUUUGCUUGGAAAUCACUACAGUUCACAUUCAGUUUUGACACAAAGCAUGCAGUGUUUUGAUAAUAGACAUUUUGCCACACAGUAGAUUCAGCAAAGGGGCAGCAGGCCAGCUGUCCUUAAUAUGCAAGACGGGGAUUCAACACCCAUGUUGGCAAGCCAACAACCUGCUGACGUUUUCUUCAAUAAGUCUCUGAACUUUUCAUGGAAAAGGAAAGGGUUGCUUAAGAUGGGUUUUUUUUUCUGUCAAUCCCUCCUUCAACCAACAUCAAGACAGUUUUUACUAGUAAAUGUACAAAGAGUCCACAUGAAUCAUUUAAUUUUAUUACAUAUCCCACAAAGCAACAAGACCCUGGCCCCUGUCUGCGCUGAUAUUUCAGAGCAUCUGACUCAUGGAUCUAGAAACUGUAAUCUUCAUUUUGACAGGAUGCAUUUUAUUUUUAGUUGUGUAAUAUCUAACCAAUGCCUUCGGGUGCUGAUCUCUGUCCCAAGGUCGCUUUUGCUGUUAACGUGAGAGACUGACACAUUUCUAAAUGCAUAUAACUGCCGAGAGGCGCUAACACGACCCUCUGACCUUUUCUGCAGUCAUACAGGUUUUCAGUGGGGGAAGGUUGAUUGUACAAAGGUAUAACAACGUUUUAUAUAUUAAUCUAUUUCAAUUGGUGUAUUUAUUUUUCUUUAUACGAAGGCUCUAAAAAGAAGUCCAGUAAUGACCUCUGUUUGGAGACCAAUGGUUAAAACGUCACUCUACUUAAAAAUCCCACAGCAAUUAUUUUUUUUUAUUUUUUCCCCAUUUUCAAAAAUAUUAAACAAAAAUAAGGUCAUGUUAAACAUAGUGUCAUAUGAACACAUUUUGUUCAUAUUUUACCAUUCGAACAGACAUGUAAUUAAUAUAAAUAGGGCUAAGCUGCUUUAAAAGAAAUCACAGCUGAGAUUUUAAUGGGCAAAAUGUUUUCAGACUUAUAUGAAACACAGGACGUAUUUUGUCCAUACCGUUCAGCAUCAAAACAAACACCUAAUGCUUGGAGUUUGUGUACAAAAUAUUUAAAACUUUGCUGUAAGCUUUGUUCCUCUGUAAGGACCCACUGUCACAGUUACUUCACGUGAACUAUGUAUUCAUAUAUUCAUGCCUAGGGCAGCCCUGUUCCCUCACUGCCCUAAACUGUAAGCAGAUGCUACUAAAAACAACCAUUGAAUCCACAUGGAGUGAGCAUGACUAUAGUAUUAGACUAAGGGGCACAGAAGACAAAAAUGAUGCUUGUCUUAGUAAGUGAGUCUCCAAACGCCCUACAAUUCGCCAGCACUAAAAGCAUACUGUAAGUGACCCUUUUUACCACACCACAAGUUACUUCAGUACCAUAGCUCUGCUUUAGGCUUUUUGUGUGUGUGUGUGUGUGUGUGUGUGUGUGUGUGUGUGUGUGUGUGUGUGUGUGUGUGUGUGUGUGUGUGUGUGUGUGUGUGUGUGUGUGUGUGUGUGUGUGUGUGUGUGUGUGUGUGUGCCAUACUAGCUCAGUAAUCGGAACAGGAACCCAGGCGGAAUAGGAUUCAGUGUGCUUGACUCCUGGGCUGUAUAGAUGGAGAUUUUUCAUUUAAACAAAUCUGCCAGUGCUGCUUGUGAUGUGUCUGUUUCAUGAUGCCUCCUCUCCCUGCCUGCAUGCUUCUAAAAAUGCAAUUUUACACAUCAUCUCGGCUCAAGGUGCAUCCACAAUGCUCCGAGAAGUCUGCAUAUUUAAGAAGACAAUAAUUCUUCUGCGAACAUAAGGUUUGAGCAGUCGCACAGAGGUUUCCGCAUAAGGGAAUCUGCGUGGAUAGGAGUUUCAAGGGUGUGUCGUAUACAGCAGAGAUAGAGAUGUGCCAUCAAAGGCAGUGAUUUCCUUUUUCUAAUCCCAACUUGCCCUCUGUCCUCAACACCACCACGCCUGUACAGUUUAGUAAAGUAUUGAUUAGCAGUUCUCCAAGAAUACCAGUGUCUGCUGUGACAUUAAUUGUUGUUUUUCUGAUUGGAUACUGUACAUGCCAAAACAACCAUUGAUUUGUGGUUGACAAUUUGACUUAAAAUAUUACCUUGAUAAAAUUCAAAUCAGAUUUCUUUUUAUGUGCCAACUUUUUUUUUGUUUAGGGAAAACGCAGUUCUCCACAUACAAUGAUAGAAAAUCAUGUAUUUUUACUUUUUUUGUAUAUCAAAGAGACUGCAGGUAUCUUUUUGUCAAUGUAUGCGAAAGAUUGUACAGCCAUAAAAACUAGAUUUUUUAAAAUUUUAUUUUAACUUGUUUAAUAGACUGAUCCAAUCAAAGUAGAUUUUGAUGCAAUUACAAAUUGAUAGUCAUGUGGUAUUUCUUAUCAAAAACACUCAAAUCUUGUAAUUUAUUUGGAGUAAAAAAAACACAUUUUGUGAUGAUGCCUUUGUAGAACGUAAUAAGCUAAGAGCUAGGGUGUUAGCAAUUGUAGAAGUUUCAGAUCACGCAUCUUUCUUGCAACAGUGAUCACUAUGAACAGUUGACAACUGAAUAGGAAAAAUGCAUCAUAAAACUUUAGGUUUGUUGCCAUUUCAAUUGAUAAAAUGUCUGGAAAGCAGUGACUGAAAAAAACAUGAACGGUAAUAUUAUUUAUAUUAAUAAAAGCAGAGCAGACAAUUUUCAGUUAUAAGAGAAACUUCUACAAUGACAACAUUCUUUAUUGUCCCUGUAAGUGAUUGUUGUACCCCCCCCCCCCUUACCAUAUUUUAGGAUACUCAUAAUUAUGUAUUUAUAUAGAAAAAUAGCAGGAGUGUUUUGGGUCAAAGAACCUGAAUUGUUCCAUCAUUUUAGUGUGGAGAAAAAGAAAAAAAAAGCCUCUAUGUGUUUUAGCCAAUAAUCCCAUUGUCUUUGAGCUUGUGACUAACAAACCUGAACCGGUGAUAUGACUUUGUAACUUGUAAGAAUGAGGAGGCAGGGGUAUGAAAGAUUUAUCAAAAAAACUGUAAAAGGUGCCAUUUUGGUGGUGAUUGGUGGCAAGCGCUUUAAUUAAAAGAAACGUUUGCAAUCUAAUUUACACUUAAUGACUGCACUUUACCUCACAAGAUAUUUCGGCUCAGGCAGAGGAAGAGUUGUUGGAGAUGUUUGAAUAUGACAUUGCCACUAACAGAGUGAACUAUUUGGAAAGUAUUUCUUUUGGUAAAUAGUUUCAGCUGCCACAUAUCCAGUUCUUUACUACUUUGUGAGUGCUUACUAUUGAUUUGUCGAAGACCAAUUGCGGCUGAAUCAACAACGCUCAUAACUAUUGACAAAUCCUGUCCGACCAUGAUGUGUUAGCUGCCAUAUCCCUGCCUACCCUCCUAGUUGUCAUUGAGUAUGUUUUAUUGUCUUAAGAAACAUUUAUAUUUUUAACAUUUUAAGUUUAUUUGUAUCCUUAAGAAAAAGAAAAAAACAAAAUGGUUAUGCACACUGUCCUUCCAUAGAACAUGUAUUGGAAUAUGAUACUAAAUAAUAACCACUUUGUUAUAUAAACUGAUUUCUGAAAGA